AUGCCCUUCGCCCCUGACGUCGUCUCCUACAACACGCUGAUGCACGCGUACGUAAACGCCCGGAGGGUAGGCGUUGCUCGGGAGGUGUUCGAGGAGAUGCCCGUUCGGGACGCCACGUCCUGGGGCACAGUGAUCGCCGGCUGUGGCAAGGCGGGGUGGCUCGAGGAGGCGGUGGGACUAUUUGACCGGAUGAGGGAGGAGGGUUUCAGGCCUGACAGUGUCGCCCUGGUGGCGGUGCUUUCAUGCUGUGCGCAGCUAGGGGUGCUGGAAAAGGGCGAGGAGGUGCAUGAGUACAUCAAGCUGAGCAGGACCCAUCCCAACGUGUUCUUGUGCACAGGGCUUGUUGAUCUCUAUGCCAAGUGUGGGUGCAUCGAGGAGGCUAGGGAGGUGUUCGAGGCCUGCCAGGACAGGAACGUAUUCACGUGGAAUGCUCUCAUUGUUGGGCUGGCGAUGCAUGGCCAUGGAACAGUGGCGCUUGAGUUCUUCCACCAGAUGGUGGCUGAUGGAAUCCAGCCAGACGGGGUCACUCUCUUGGGGGUGCUGAUUGCUUGUAGCCACACUGGCCUUGUGGACAUGGCAAGGCGCAUCUUUUGUGACAUGGAGGGCAAGCACAAUGUGCACCGGGAACUGAAACACUAUGGGUGUAUGGCCGACUUGCUUGGUCGUGCUGGACUGAUCGAAGAAGCAAUGGAAAUGGUCAGGAAGAUGCCCAUGGAAGGGGACAGUUAUGUGUGGGGAGGCAUACUUGCUGGAUGUAGGAUGCAUCGGAAUGUGGAGGCCGCUGAGGUUGCAACUUGGCAUUUGUUGCAACUGAAUCCAGAUGACAGUGGGGUGUACUCUGCAAUGGCUGGGAUCUAUGCAGAUGCUGGCAGGUGGGAGGAUGUCGCAAGGAUUAGAAUGUUAAUGGAUGAAAGGAUUGGCAGGAGGAAUACUGGCUGCAGUUCAGUUACAACAUAG